GACAGACGCACAGAAAUUUCUCGAGGGGAAGAGAGUAAGACAAAGGGUCAAGGUUCCACAGUUCACUGGGGAGAGAGAGACAGAGCGAGAGAGAGAGAGAGCCCGUGAUCUGCAGACCUCAUUUGCCCUCACCUCCAUAGCCAAUCAUGCCAUCAGGUCCAAAGAAGAGAAAAAACGCCAAGAAGAAAAAGGGAAAUGGGGCCAACAGCAACUCUGCAAUCGAUUCUCAUGGAGAUGAUGAUCUGAACAUGCAAGACGACAAAGAGAGCGGAGAGGUUAGCCUUCGUACAUCAGAGGACCACCAUAACCACCAGAAUCCAUCUACUGAGGGAGAGGAGGAGGAAGAAAUUGAGCAGAGGGAAGACAAUGCAACUGUUAGGUCAAUUGUCCCUGAGAGCGUACCUAUGUUAGAAAUUGACAGCAAGGAAGAGAGUACACAGAAAAUGGUAAUGGACGAGAGCAAUGUUAUUCAAAUUGACUGGGACUUGAAACCCGAUGAUGAUUCUGACAAUGAGAAUGCUGGUAUUGACUAUGUUGAGUCUGUGAAAGAAUCACGUGGAGUUAGUGGGUGCUCUAACAGCAGUGGUAGCAGCAAGAGUUCGGAUGAAAAACCUCAUUAUGUUGAGAAGAAUGGUACAGUAAAGGAGUCAGGGGAGCCAAAAGUGGAUGAUCCUAAACUGACCGCGAGAGAUGACUUUCUUGAACUUAAUCAAGCUGGUGAUGGUUUUCCAGUAAUCAACGACUUGGUUGUGAAAGAGCCAAAAGGAGACGCUUGUGGUCUUCGUACUGUACAUUCAGUCAAGCCAGUUGAUCUUCCUGGAUUACCUCAAGUUAAAGAUGGUGCUUCGAAUACCGAGGCUUAUAACUCGGUUGCGGGAACUGCCCCUGUUGAUGAAACGGAACAUGUAUCUGAAGAGGGGAAUAGUGUAAAUGAAUUGACAGCGGAGAAUGCUAUGAGUUCUAACCAGUUUCAAUCGGGGUUGAUCGAAAAUGGACAAAAUGAGGGUUCAGGGAUUUCACCAGUUGUGAUGGAUAUGGGAUCACAACUUAAUGAGGAGAAGGUGGACUCUACAGCAGAACAUACAAAAGAUUCUGUUAUGUCUGAAUGCAGUGAUAGCCAGCCUUCGGUAGCUUCAGCUCCACGAUCUGUGCGAACAACUUCCUGGAUAAGUUGCUGCGGACUGUUCGAGGUGUUUACAGGAGGCUCCAAUAGAUAAUUUCAGAAGCAUUGCAUGAAGGAGCAGGAGGGGGCUGGUGAAGCUAGUGGAACUUCAGGUUGUGUUGAUUGAUCUGCGAUUUGCACUGUGGAUGGAAGAAAAAAAAAAAAGUGGGAUCUCUCUUCGCACAAUGACCGUACAUUCCCUUGACAUUUUCUUUUCUCUCAACAAAUGUCUCCGCACAUCCUCAAUCUGCACAGCCUUAAGGACCUGGGUAAUGGAAAGAUGUAGACCCGUCUUGAGUAUUUCUUUCCCCUGACGAGUAACGUGCAGAAAUUCAUCAUGUACAACCAAUCUCGAUGUUAAACCGAAGGCUUUUUGUAAUCUUGGAAUCCAAAUGAAGUUUUGAUCAUUUUGCUUA